AAAAGCAUAAAAACAAAACCUCUUUUAAAACUUGACCAAAACAAAGUUGUGGUUCAGAUCCAAUCUUUCUUCCUUCUUCACAGCACUUCCAAAAAGGGCACUUCACAUAAUAAACCAUUCCAUUGAACACACACCCCAUUAUAUGAGCUAGCACACGUUAGUUCUCUCCUUCAAAGCCAAAUUUCCAUAACCCCUUCUUUUAUACAUCAUUGCCUCAUCUUUUGUAAAUUAUAGUUUAAUUUCAUGCACGUACGUGAGCUAUAAUACUAUAUAGGAAGCACUGCCAUAGAAGGAAAAGGGUUGGUAUAGUUUUUGCAUAACAUAUCAUUGGAGUUUCCAAUUUAGAGUAACAUAGAGUGUUAAUUUGGGAUUGAUGCUUGCGGUGUCACCUUUGAGGAGCAUUAAAGAUGAAAAGAACCAAGGAGAGAUGGAGGGUAAUUUCUCAAUGGCAACAACAACAACAACCGGUGAUGUUGACUUUGGUGACCUUUCUGAAGGGAACUUGUUGGAGAGCAUCAACUUCGACGACCUCUUCGUCGGCAUCGACAUCAACGGAGAUGUCUUGCCGGACCUGGAGAUGUUCCAUGAGUUCUCCGUCGACGUCAACACCGGCGAGGAAUCGUCGGAGAUGAACUCAUCGGCAGAUAACAGCAAAGUUGAGAAUGAUCAGAAUGUCAUGAUCAACACUGGUCCAAAAAAAGAAGAGGAAGAAGAUAAAGCUUCUUGCAAUUCUUCGGGUCAAGACUUGGGGUCAAUCCGAGGAGAAGAGAUUGUGAGCAAGAGAGAUGAAUCCGUGGUGGUGAAUCCAGCACCAAAGGAUGGUGGAAAAGGAAGAAAAUCUUCAUCCGCUCAAUCGAAGAAUAAUAAUAGUAGUAAUAAUGCUCAAGGGAAGAGAAAAGUCAAGGUGGAUUGGACCCCAGAAUUGCACAGGCGAUUCGUGCAAGCUGUGGAACAGCUAGGAGUGGAUAAGGCGGUGCCUUCAAGGAUUUUGGAGAUUAUGGGAAUUGAUUGUCUAACUCGCCAUAACAUUGCUAGUCACCUUCAAAAAUAUAGAUCUCAUAGGAAACAUUUGCUAGCACGUGAAGCUGAAGCAGCAAGCUGGAGUCAAAGGAGGCAAUUGUAUGCUGGUGGAGGGAAGAGAGAGGGGAAUCCAUGGUUAGCACCAAUCAUGGGUUUCCCACCAAUGACCACCCCAAUGCACCAUUUUAGACCUCUACAUGUAUGGGGGCACCCUUCUAUGUCCUUGGUGCACAUGUGGCCUAAGCAUCUUUCAAAUUCACCACCACUCUUAUGGCCGCUAUCGCCACCAGCUGUACCACCACAAGACCCUUCAUUUUGGCAACAACUGGCUCCUAACGCACUAAUCCCAGGAACAGCUUGUUUUCCACAACCUCUGACACCAACGAGAUUUGGAAGCCCCCCUGUCCCCGGCAUCCCACCCCAUGCCAUGUACAAAGCAGAUCACGGCAUUGGCGUCCUUGGUCCCAGUUCCCUCUUGGACUUUCAUCCGUCAAAGGAGUGCAUAGAUGCAGCUAUUGGAGAUGUUUUAUCAAAGCCUUGGCUGCCGCUACCUAUUGGACUUAAGGCUCCAGCUCUUGAUAGUGUGAUGAGUGAAUUACAAAAACAAGGAAUUCCAAACAUUCCACCCUCUAGUGCUUGAAACCAACCCUUCAUGGAAGAGGUUCUUCCCUUUCAUGUGGUGUCCUUUGAAGGCCACUUAACCCUAAUUCGACGACUUCUCAUCCAUUAGAUGUUGCAUUGCGUAUAUGUUGCAUCUAAGCUACAGUGUCAGUGAUUCAUAUAUUUCUUCAUUUGCUUUUAACAGCAAAAGGAAUUUAAAGAAGAAAAGACUUUUAAGACAUUUCUAAUUUUCAUGUGCUAUAAUACAUGAGUCAAAUGGUUUCAAGUAGUGGUCAUUAUAGCCAUUUUGUAUAUGUACGGUUGUAAAGGCAGUUAUUUUGUAAUAGCUGUAUAAGCUGAGGAAAUCCUAAUAAAGGACUUUAAUCAAAUAUCUCCUUUUCAGGUAAA